AUGACAGAAACAAAGUUACAACUAGAAGAUUGGCUGGAUGAUCUAUGCGUUCGCUUUAUUAUAAACCUACCCCGUGAAGAGCUCGAAUCAGUGGAGCGUAUCUGUUUUCAGGUCGAAGAAGCACAAUGGUUCUACGAAGAUUUUGUCCGGCCACUGGAUCCGGCCCUGCCUUCUCUUUCGCUGAAGGCAUUCGCGAUGCGCAUAUUCCAGCACUGUCCACUGAUGUCAGAGUGGUCUGAAUAUCAUCAUGCGGCAGCAUUUUCGGAGUUCCUUGCCUACAAAACUCGUGUGCCCGUUCGUGGAGCUAUAUUGCUGAACGAGAACAUGGAUAAAGUGGUGCUCGUAAAGGGCUGGAAGAAGAAUGCCAACUGGAGCUUCCCCCGCGGCAAAAUAAACAAAGAGGAGAAAGAUCUUGACUGUGCCGUGCGAGAGGUUUGCGAAGAAACUGGAUAUGACUUGAAGGCUGCCGGUCUUGUGAAGGAUGAAAAGCACAUGAAAUAUAUCGAGAUAACCAUGCGUGAGCAGCAUAUGAAGCUCUAUGUGUUCCGGGGUGUACCAAUGGAUACCGUAUUUGCUCCUCAAACGCGAAAAGAGAUCAGCAAGAUUGAGUGGGUCUGUCUGUCUGACCUUCCUACUGUUAAGAAAAACAAGCAGGCACAGCAUGAUGCUGUAAAUGCUAACAAGUUCUAUAUGGUUGCCCCUUUCCUACACCCGCUCAAAAAAUGGAUUGCUCAGCAGCGGAAGCUGGAUGUUAAGAACACUGCAACUGCAUAUACAGAGGGCGAGACAUCCAUGGAUGAAGGUUUUGUCUCGGCUAACAACGGAUUCACACCGAUUCCAAGCCAUGUUCAGCCCUCUAUUCCGAGUGACUUGCCCGAGGUCGACCAAUCUCAGGAUGUAUCAUCACAUUUGAAGCGCAUACUCAACAUUGGUGCUCCUACGCCACUCUCUACUACCACAACAGCCACGGACCCAUCCAAGUCUAAUGCUUUACUAUCAUUGUUACGGAGUGGGACAAACGAGACCUCUACACCUGCGCCCAGUCUACCUCAACACCAUAUGCAACCUCCACUUCUUGCUUUAUUCAAUCAGAAGGUAAACCCCGGCAUUCAGACACAAAACCCUCAAGGACCUUUCCCGGUCCAGAACACUCCGGAUUCCAUAAAUCAGCAGCAUUUCCACCGAUUGGUCUCUACGAUGGCCAACUCCUCGCCAUCGAUUGCCACUCAUAUCUCGGGCUAUAACCAACGGCCACCGAUGGAAAAUGCAUCAAAUCCGCAGCGCGACCAAACACAAAACAUUUCAAAUCAACCUACCUUGGCACCUUACCAGAGAACUGGAGAUCCGCUCUCCGUGCAGCAGACAAAUGCAGGGCAAUUUCAAGGCCAAGUUGUGCCCCCUGCAAGCAAGUUGCCGCCUCCGAAAUUGACGAGUCAUUCUUUGGCUCUUUUGAACGUCUUCAAAGGCAGCUCUUCCCCUGGUCCCCAACCAGGAGUCUUAUCUCGAGCCGAGGAACUGCAAUCACCAGCACAGAAAACUCUAGCACCACAAGACCAACUUCUAGCCUUGUUAAAAAAUCCCGCAAAUAACGCACCCCAAAUGCCAGCCGUGGAGCUUGCCGGGCAACCUGUACAGCCAGUCCCCAAAAGGAUUCUGCAGCGUCCUCCAUCGCUCAGCAAACCGAAUGAGCUUCCCGAAAAAGCAACCACAGGGAAAAAUAAACAAGACGUACUGGCGUCUGCUACCGUUUCCGGACCUUUGAGAACACCGGAUUUUGAUAGUCCUAGAAAUCAACCUCGCAGAGUGAAUGGCACGCCUCGUGUGACCGGAAAACAAGCACUACCUACAUCCCCAAUUACAAUUUUGUCACGACCGCCAUCUGCAAGGAGAGAUCUCUCAACUCCAACACAAGCUUCGGGCUCAGUCUCACCGUCACUUGACGGCAGAGCGAAGAACACUGGAGCAGCCAAGAAUUUUCAACCGCAGAUCUUACGCCGGUCUGAAAAACUGGACCUCAAUGCAAUUCUUCCUACCCGAACGGUACCUGUCCAUGAGUUAUCUGAAGAGUCGGCGGCUUUUGCAGCAUCAAAUCAAGCUGCAGUGGUACCUGAGGAGAAGCUCUCCCAGCCUAAUUACGACCGACGUCCUAGCCAAACCGCAGCACAGAAAGAAGCGCUGCUUUCUUUAUUUGGAAAGUCUCCUGGUAAAAAGGAUUCACUCCUAGCUACAGCAAUGGACCACCCGAUUUCGGGCAGUGUAUACAGCGAUACUGUUUCGUCUCCUUCGCUUUCCGUGACUGAAACGAACCCGGCAACUACGCAGCGUAUAAAGUCGCCGGACAACAAAGCAUUCUUGCUAGGUUUCCUUCAAAAUCUAUCAUUGUACGAAAUAAUAUUAUUGUCAACGAAUCCAACGGCAAUUGGAAUAACGUACAACAAACUUGCAAAAAUGGCCCCCCGUGCCUCAGCAGGCUUUAUCUGUUCAAGAUGCAUAUAUCGCAGCAGCAGCAGAGCGUUGUUUUCAACGAGUUCCAAACUCCGUCAAUUGCGACAUGAAGACAAACUCGGGAUGCCGCCAAUCCCCUCUACGUCUGGCUAUGCGCUGCUUUCCAAUCGGUCCCUUAUCGCCGUCAGCGGUACUGAUAGUACUUCCUUUUUGCAGGGAAUGAUUACACAGAAUAUGCUUAUGGGGAAAGAGCCAGUUCGCGCGCCCCGUCGAACAGCGAGUUACAGCGCCUUUCUGAACUCGCAAGGCCGCGUGCUGCACGACGUAUUCAUUUAUCCUAUACCCAAAGCCAAUCUCGGUGGUGGUGACGAAACAGCCUGGCUGAUAGAAGUGGACAAGAGCGAAGUAACCAACCUCGUGAAGCAUUUGAAAAAGCACAAAUUGCGGGCGAAGCUCACAAUUCGUGCGUUGGAAGACGGGGAACAUUCUGUGUGGGCAGCGUGGAAUGAUGAGAGCACAGAGCCACGGUGGGCAGCAUAUAACCUUGAGUCUGAUUUUUCUUCUCCAUCGCGAUUUUCAAACUCCCUUGUGGUUGGGUGCAUUGAUACUCGAGCGCCGGGCUUCGGGACGAGAUAUGUCACGCCAGGCUCAGAUGACCUUCAAACUCACCUACCGGAGGAGUCGAAGAAACAAGUACAAGCGCAAAAGGUGGAUUUAUCGACUUACACGCUUCGGCGGAUGCUUCAUGGUGUUGCCGAGGGACAGAAAGAGAUCAUUCGCGAGUCGGCAUUGCCUAUGGAAUACAACAUGGACGUAGGUCGGGCAAUUGAUUUUCGGAAAGGCUGCUAUGUUGGACAAGAGCUUACCAUUCGAACACAUCAUACGGGUGUUGUACGUAAACGUGUUCUUCCUGUACAGCUGUAUGGUGAUGAUCAAGAUGUUGCUGCGGCGACGGCCCUGGCUAGCGGGUCAGCGGUGUAUGACCCCGACACGAAAUUUUGUCAACCUCCUCCAGGCGCGAACAUCUCCCGAGCUGGUGGUAGACGAGGACGCAGUGCAGGUAAAUUCAUUAGCGGUAUUGGAAAUGUCGGGCUUGCUUUGUGCCGGCUGGAGAUGAUGACCGAUAUCUCGCUCACGGGUGAAAGCAGCCAAUAUAGUCCAUCACAAGAAUUCCGGGUUUCUUGGGAAGACUCUGCACUGAGUCUUGAACAGUCUUCGUCUUCUCCUUCUCCGAGUCAGAACCAGGUCAAGGUCAAAGCUCAUGUCCCGGCAUGGCUCAGAGAACAUAUUGUGGCAAGCACGAUGCGACACUCUGCAUCCUCGAGGUCUCGCGAAGGGCUCAGAGCGCGCGAUUUGGUGGAACAACUUGAGGAGGAAGCUGAAGAAAAGUAA